AUGAAGGCUUCGUGGGCAUCGGCCGCCUUUCUACUGGCGUGCGGUGUUUGCGCGACGCCGGGUCCCUCCAUAGGCACCGACGAUUCCCAUAACUCUACGACUGGGCCAUUAGCGCCGCGGGAUGAUGGAAUAUUCAAAACGGCCUCGAAUGCUGUUACCGGCACCUUCAAGAAUGCGCUGGGUAUAUACGGAGCCAACUUCCAGCCUCAGGAUAUUCCUGCUGGUGAAAUUACCCAUGUGCUCUACGCCUUCGCAGAUAUUGCAUCGGAUGGUACGGUAAUAUCUUCAGAUCCAUGGGCCGACACGGACAAGCGCUACGACACGGACUCAUGGGGGGAUGUUGGAAACAAUGUUUACGGCUGCGUUAAGCAACUCUUCUUACACAAGAAGAAGCACCGCAAUCUCAAGGUACUUCUCUCAAUCGGAGGAUGGACCUACUCGCCAAAGUUUGCGCCGAUUGCCGCGACCGAGGAGGGACGACGGAAAUUCGCCUCUAGUGCAGUCAAGCUCGUUGCUGACUGGGGUUUCGAUGGUCUUGAUAUUGAUUGGGAAUAUCCCCAAAAUGCAGCCGAGGCGCAGAACCUAGUCGAUCUUUUAAGGACCUGCCGUGAGCUCCUUGAUGCGUAUGCUGCCGAGCAUGCCCCCGGAUAUCACUUCACCAUGACCGUAGCCAGCCCCGCCGGUGCCCAGAACUAUAAUACUAUGCUUCUCGAAGCGAUGGAUCCGCUUCUUGACGCUUGGCAUUUAAUGGCCUACGACUAUGCCGGGGCGUGGGACUCAACUACGGGACACCAAGCUAACAUAUACCCCGACCCGAGCAAUGCCGCUGCUACCAAGUUCAACACUGAGACUGCGGUCAACGCCUAUCUCCAACGCGGAAUUGAUCCCGGCAAGCUUGUAAUGGGCGUACCGCUCUACGGUCGCUCGUUUAUGAACACGCAAGGCAUGGGUCUACCCUACAGUGGAAUUGGAGCUGGAUCCAUCGAGGAUGGCAUCUGGCUUUACAAGGACUUACCACGCCCUGGAGCCCAGGAAGUUUGGGACAACGUUGUUGAAGCCUCUUACAGCUAUGAUCCGGCUAGCCAGGAGCUUAUAACUUACGACACCGUAACGAGCACCACGCGGAAAGCGGAAUGGCUGAUCGACCGCGGCCUCGGGGGAGCUGUUUUCUGGGAAGCCAGCGGUGACCGAAAGGGAGCGGGCAGCUUGAUUACGACCUUGGCUAACACAAUGAUUAGCCUUGACGGGAGUCAGAAUCUCUUGUCUUACCCUAUAAGCGUUUAUGACAACAUCAGGAAUGGUAUGGAGUAA